UUUAUCCACCAUUUAUGAGCCACAGUUCAACGGGAAACGUCUGAAGCAACACAUUCGAAAGACACUAUAGUGGAAACUUUUCUCAAUCCGGCAGCUGAACUUAAUUUUUAAGGAGAAAUCAUACCGACUGGAAAAGGAAACAAGUACGAUAAGCUUGGAACAAAAAAAGCAGAUACCGCUUACUCUUUGAGGAAGACUAGAAGGGAAGGGACGUCUACCUCUGGAGCAGGAAAGGACAUAAAAAGACAAAGAAUGGGGUCAUUUGGACUUGAGCUGGCUGGCAUUAGUCUGUCAGUGGUGGGCUGGCUGCUGAGCCUGGUGAGUUGCUUUCUGCCCAUGUGGAGGGUCUCAGCCUUCAUUGGCGCCAACAUCGUCACCGCUCAGGUGUACUGGGAAGGUCUGUGGAUGAGCUGUGUAUUCCAAAGCACGGGCCAGAUGCAGUGCAAGGUCUAUGACUCCAUGCUGGCUCUACCGCAAGACCUCCAGGCAGCUCGGGCCCUCACCGUUAUCACCAUCGUCAUAGGAGUGGUGGCUCUUCUCAUAUCCUUGGUGGGAGCCAAGUGUACCAACUGCAUCGAGGAGGAGGUGGUUAAAGCCAGGGUGAUGGUGUCCUCAGGAGCGGCGUUCAUCACGGCAGCCGUGGCAGAGAUCGUGCCCGUUUCCUGGUCUGCGCACACCAUUAUCAUGGAGUUCUACAAUCCAGUUAUCCCCUCCGGGCAGAAGAUGGAGAUCGGAGCAGCGCUGUACCUGGGAUGGGCUGCCGCAGCACUACUUUUAAUCGGGGGGGCCAUUCUUUGCUGCAGUUGCCCCCCACAGGAGGAGAAACAGCUGAGGUACAACAUAGCACCUCAGAGUCGUAUGGCAUACUCUGCCGCUCCCAGGUCAACGACUCAAAGCUCCUACAAUAGAAGAGACUAUGUCUGAGAGAGACGAGCCAAAAAAAAAAUAAAUCUGUUGUUUAGAUUGAGUUUUGACAUUCAGUCGUUAUUUAUACAUGUUCAGAUAAUUCAUUUGUUUAACCAUAAACAACAGUUAAACAAUUGUGUUUUGUAGAUUACUAGAAAUAACAAUAGGCAUAUAUGUUUUUAUACAUUUGAAAGGAUUGAAAACCUUCCACAUAAUGCUGUUUACAUAUGUUCACUAAA